AUGUCUGCCUCUCAGUCGACGGCGAUCCUUUCCGUCUAUGACAAGACCGGUCUGCUCGAGCUCGCCAAGGGCCUCCAUGCCAAGGGCGUGAGGCUGCUCGGCAGCGGUGGCACCGCCAAGAUGGUCCGCGAGGCUGGCCUGCCCAUCGGCGACGUGUCGGACAUCACAAAGGCACCCGAGAUGCUCGGUGGCCGCGUCAAGACGCUCCACCCUGCCGUCCACGGCGGCAUUCUCGCCCAGACGUCCAAGGAGUCGGACCGCGCCGAUCUCCAGGCGCAGAACAUUGCCCCCAUCGACAUUGUCGUCUGCAACCUCUACCCUUUUGAGGAGACGAUUGCCCGCGAGCCUGCGCCCACCAUCGCCCAGUCGGUCGAGGAGGUCGACAUCGGCGGUGUCACGCUGCUGCGCGCCGCCGCCAAGAACCACGAGCGGGUCUGGAUCCUCAGCGACCCUAAGGACUACCCGCGCUUCCUCGAGCAGUUUGACCAGACCGGCGCCGAGGCCCAGGCCAGCCGCAACCUGCUCGCCGUCAAGGCCUUUAGCCAGACGGCCAAGUACGACGAGGCGAUCAGCAACUACUUCCGACAGCAGUACGCCUCGUCGGCCGGCGCUUCGGCCACCGGCGUCGUCCAGCAGCUGCCCCUGCGCUACGGCGCCAACCCGCACCAGAAGCCCGCCCAGGCCUUUGUCACCAAGGGCGAGAUGCCCGUCAAGGCGCUCGCCGGCUCGCCGGGCUACAUCAACCUGCUCGACAGCCUCAACGCCUGGGCGCUCGUCAAGGAGCUGGCCGAGGCCACUGGCCUGCCCGCCGCCGCGUCGUUCAAGCACGUCUCGCCCGCCGGUGCUGCCGUUGCCGUGCCGCUGAGCGAGGUCGAGGCCAAGGCCUACUUUGUCGAUGACCUCGGCCAGCUGAGCCAGCUGGCCACCGCCUACGCCCGUGCCCGUGGUGCGGACCGCAUGUCUUCGUUCGGCGACAUCAUUGGGUUGAGCCACGUUUGUGAUGCCCAGACGGCGCGCAUCAUCGGCCGCGAGGUGAGCGACGGUGUCAUCGCGCCCGGCUACGAGCCCGAGGCGCUCGAGAUCCUGUCCAAGAAGAAGGGCGGCAAGUACUGCGUGCUGCAGAUGGACCCGAACUACGAGCCCGACCUGGUCGAGACGCGCCAGGUCUACGGCGUCUCGCUGCAGCAGCGCCGCAACGACGUCAAGAUUGAAAAGUCGCUCUUCACCAACAUUGUCUCGGACAAGAAGGACGUACCCGAGAGCGCGCUCCUCGACCUGACGGUGGCCACGCUGGCGCUCAAGUACACGCAGUCCAACAGCGUCUGCUACGCGCUCAACGGCCAGGUCAUUGGCCUGGGCGCCGGCCAGCAGUCGCGCAUCCACUGCACGCGCCUGGCCGGGUCCAAGGCCGACAACUGGUGGCUGCGCCAGCACCCGCGCACCCUCUCGCUUCCCUUCAAGAAGGGCGCCAAGCGACCGGAAAAGAGCAACGUCAUUGACCUCUUCGUCGAGGGCACCGUCGAGGGCGACGACAUGGCCAACACCCAGGAGCGAAAGGAGUGGGAGGCCAUGUUUGACAGCGUCCCGCCGCCGCUCUCGGUCCAGGAGCGCAGGGAGCACGCCGCCAAGCUCAAGAACGUCGUCGUCGCCUCCGACGCCUUCUUCCCCUUCCCCGACAACGUCCACCGCGCCGCGCGGUCGGGCGCCGGCUACAUCGCCGCGCCCGGCGGCAGCGUCAUGGACGACGCCUGCAUCGAGGCCGCCAACGGCCACGGCAUCGUCGUUGCCAGGACCAACCUCAGGCUGUUCCACCACUAG